AGUGCCCAGCAGUGUCUCCCACCAGUGCCCAGCAGUGCCUUCCACCAGUGCCCAGCAGUUGCCCAGCAGUGCCACCCAUCAGUGCUGCCCAGCAUUUGCGCCCAUCACUGCCCAGCCAUGUCACCCAUCAGUGCCCAUCGGUUCCACCCAUCAGUACCCAACAGUGUCGCCAGCAAGUGCCAUCACGCUGCCCAUCAGUGCAGCCUAUCAGUGACCAUCAUUGCUGCAUAUCAGUGCAGCAUCAUCAGUGCCUCCUCAUCAAUGCCCACCUGUGCCACCUCAUCA